AGAUCUUGAGUGAGUUGAAUAGGAGGAUUGUGAGUGCGUGUUCAAGCGCAAGACCAGCAGAUUUCCCGAUCGAUUUGACGGGAGGCGAUCUUGGAGCACAGUUUUGUAGAAAAUGACGAGUGAGCUGACUAUGUCCGUUUCUGUAUACCAUAGGCGGAAGGACGGUUCUGUCAAGCUUUAUGAUCGCAAGACAACGGAUCUGAUUCUCGAUGCAGCCGCGCGAGGUGCGGCGUCUCAUAAUUGGCGAAUUCACAGGUUCAAUUCCUGUUGGAUGCAUUUUAAAAAUAUUGAAUUAUAUAUAUAUAUAUAUAUAUAUUUAUCUAUAUAUAUAAUUUUGUAUAUACUUUUUAAUAAAGUCAAAAAUUCUAUACAGUAUCUAAAAAAAUUUAUAAAUUAUAGGAAUACAUAUCAAUUUUAAUUUAAGGAGAAAUUAUAAAUUUAUGGAUCAAGUUAAGUACCCAGUACUUACAGAAAAAACAAUUCGUUUAUUAGAAAAAUAAAAAUAAAAAUCCGUGGUACUUCGUCGUUGAGUGGUCAACCUCCAGACUAUGAAGCAACGAAACCGGUGGUCGAACGAAGAAGAAGACAUAGUGAUUGAAAUUUCGGGGAGUCCGGAAAGCCUCAAAGCCGCGGAAGCUUUCAGCGGGAUGCUUCCUACUCGUACGAAGAUUUUGUAGAUGGCCAUACUCCGGAUCACCGAGGAGAAGUUGCUAAGCAAAGUUUUGGACUUGAAGCGGGUGCCGUUGCGCAGCAUACGCCCAAAUCCAUACUUAGGCCGAGGCCAUGGACCUUUUGACAGUUUUGUUUCUUCUCUCGAGAACGAUCGCUCAGCUAAGGAGCUUUACGGUGAGGGAGAGAUGGCGACGAGAAACUCCGUCAUGUUCCACAAAGCUCCUUGUCUGAUAUCUGCAUCGUUGUAUUCGUCAGCGUAUGUCUGCGUAAUCAUGUGGCGAUUUAUGGCAGUUCGAUGUGCGAUGCACAUGAAAAGUCCAAAGUAUUCAUUCGGAUGCUGUGAUUGCAGAUGCAGCUCGACAGCUAGCGAGCGACCCUACGGACAGCGCUGUAAGUUUGCUUGAAACAAUGGGUCUUUAUAUACUCUUUCAUGGCACAAACCACAACGUUAUGGAUAACAUAUUAAAAACUGGACUUCUUCCAAAUUUUCGUGAGGCGGGGAGGAUGGAAGAUUGGUUUGGCUUAGAUUAUAGAAUGAGUCUUCAUUACACCCGUUCUAGGAAUCAGAUGCCGAGAGAAUGUCAUAGUGGCUGUAAGCUUCUCGUAUUUAUGGUCUUGCGGCCUGAUUUCCCAAGCUACGCUUAUACGGCGACGAGUUCUGUCAGCGGCAAUCAACUUCCUCUCGCCGAACUUACCCUGCUCUGAGUGGGUCUAGCAAGAGACAGGAUUGCAAGGGCAAUUUGGCGCGGGCAGCUGUUGUGAAUUGGGAGUGACAGUGACAAUCCUGGAUGGAGAGACACAUCCAUCCAGCUGAGUGGCAAUUCUCUCCGUUCAGGAAUGUUCCUUUCACAUGUCAGGCACCUUUCCUCCGCAGAGGAAAGAAAUAAUAAGGAGUGAACGCUAACGGUGCUUUGACGCAUGAUGCAUUGAGCAAACGAGUUUGUCUUGUGACGUGAACCGCCGAUCCGUCUUCUCACAACUGACUGACGAGGGAAAUAGAUUGAAAGGCGGCGGCUCCUCAGAUCAUGCAGUUGCAAGUGAGGGUUUGGAAGGCAUCGUUCAACAGACGAGAGCAAACCGAGCAUAGAUCCAGAUGGUUAUGUAUUGUGAUUAGCAUGUGACGGGCUUAACUGCAGGCGUAGACGUGGAUCAUAUUGACAUCCUCCAUUCUGAUGUAUCUCUUAUUGAUAAUAUGGGCUUGAGGGUCCGACUUUAACUUUUGCAAGAAUAGAGGUGGAAAACUUGAUAAAUAUAAAAUUACACACACUA